AUGACCGUAUCAUCGUCCAAAUUGUUUGAGCCCGUCAAAGUCGGCCGUAUGGAGCUUCAGCAUCGUGUGGUGAUGGCACCACUCACACGUAACCGAUCCGAUGAAGACCAUGCCGUAACACCACCUAUGAUGAAGGAAUACUAUACCCAACGAGCUCACGUUAAGGGAUCAUUGAUCAUCACCGAGGCUACUGCCAUUACCGCUGAAAGUGGUCCAUUUGCAGGAUGUCCCGGUAUUUACACCGAUAAGCAGGUGGCGGCUUGGAAAGAAAUUGUGGAUGCUGUCCAUGCAAAGGGAAGCUACAUGUACUUGCAAAUUUGGCAUCCGGGUCGUGCUUCUCUCAAACAACUGAUUCCUGGUAACAAGCCUGCCGUUGGCCCAUCACCCAUUGCUAUCGAAGGCCGUAGCUUGUUGGUCGAUACACCUAAUGAGGUUCCACGUCCGCUUGAAGUUGAUGAGAUGCCUGGUAUUGCACGUGAUUUUGCUAUUGCUGCCAAGCGUGCUGUUGAAGAAGCUGGCUUUGACGGUGUUGAAAUUCAUGGUGGUAAUGGAUACUUGCUCGAUCAAUUUAUCAACACUUCCAGCAACAAGCGCACUGAUGAAUAUGGUGGAUCUAUUGAAAAUCGCGCUCGUCUUUGUCUUGAGGUGACUAAGGCAGUAGCUGAUGCCAUUGGAAGUGAUCGUACCGCUUUACGUUUGACACCAUGGAGCGAGUUCCAGGACAUGGAAGACGAGACGCCGUAUGAUACAUGGGGAUACAUCGUGAGCCACCUUCCUCAAGAUCUCGCUUAUUUGCACAUGCUUGGUCCACGUGAUGAUUUUGGUCGUAAAACACAAAAUGACACUGUCAACACCCUCGAUCCUUUCCGCAAGUUGUGGAAGAGCACUUUCAUGGCUAGUGGUGGAUUCUCUACUAAACCUGAAACGGCUAAAGAGCUUUCUGAUGAAACCGGAGACCUUGUUGCCAUAGGACGUGCCUACAUUGCCAACCCUGAUCUUGUCCUUCGUCUCAAGAAUGGAUGGCCUCUCAACAAGUAUCAUCGUCCUAGCUUUUAUGGUGGUGAUGAGCGUGGAUACAUUGAUUACCCCUUUUACCAAGAUGAGCAAAGCAAAGAAUAG